AUGCCACCAAAAAAGACACGUAAAGGAGCUACAGGAGAUGGCAAAACUAAGGCAAAUAAAAGAGUUGAGAGAGCCGAUUACAAAGAGACCUUUAAGAAGAAACAAGUUGGUGUGUCGGACAUGACAAUGUUGAGUAAAAUUAAUAAUGAAGCUAUCAAUGAUAAUUUGAAGAAAAGAUUUGAAAACCAUGAAAUAUAUACAUAUAUUGGAAAUGUGUUGAUUAGUGUUAAUCCUUUUAAAGAUUUGGGAAUAUAUACGGAUGAGAUUUUAAAAAGUUAUGUUGGGAAAAAUCGACUUGAAAUGCCUCCACAUGUAUACGCAGUUGCGGAAUCAGCUUAUUAUAGUAUGAAUAGUUAUAAAGAAAAUCAAUGCAUUAUUAUUAGUGGGGAAUCUGGUGCUGGCAAAACAGAGGCCGCAAAAAGGAUUAUGCAAUAUAUUGCGACUGUAAGUGGUGAAAGAUCUUCCUCCAUCAAAGAAAUUAAAGAUAUGGUUCUUGCCACAAAUCCUCUUUUGGAAAGUUUUGGAUGUGCCAAGACACUUAGAAAUAAUAAUUCAAGUCGUCAUGGUCGUGUUGUUGGUCAAAUUGAGAAUGAAAGGAAUUUUCAUAUUUUCUAUCAGUUCACUAAGGCAGCAUCUGAUGAAUAUAGAACACAAUUUGGUAUUGAAGGACCUGAAAGUUAUUUAUACACAAAUAAAAGUGGUUGUUUAGAUGAUGCUAUGAAUGUUAUUGGUCUCACACAAGAUGAACAAAUUGAUAUUUUUCGAAUGUUGUCCAUAGUUUUGUGGUUAGGAAAUGUGACAUUUGAAGAUGGGGACGAUGGAGGUUCUGUAAUUACCGAUGAAAAUGUCACGAAUUUUAUUGCUUAUAUAAUGGAAGUUGAUGCAGACACUUUAAAUAAAGUAUUGACUAGUCGUACCCUUGAGGUGGGGGGUCGUAGGACUUCAGUGUUUGACGUUCCUUUAAAUCCAGUUCAGGCAUUAGCUGUUCGAGAUGCUCUUGCCAAAGCUAUUUACAAUAACUUAUUUGAAUGGAUUGUUGAACGUAUUAAUUCUGCUCUUCGCUCUCGAACUACUUCCUCUUAUGUCAUUGGUGUUCUUGACAUUUAUGGUUUUGAGAUUUUUGAUGAGAAUAGUUUUGAACAAUUAUGUAUUAAUUAUGUCAACGAGAAACUUCAACAGAUUUUUAUUGAACUUACUCUCAAAACGGAACAAGAAGAAUAUGUUAGAGAGAAAAUCAAGUGGACACCCAUAUCAUUCUUUAAUAAUAAGGUGGUUUGUGAUCUAAUCGAAGAAAAGCGUCCACCAGGAAUUUUUGCUGCCUUAAAUGACGCAUGUGCCACCGCACAUGCUGAUUCUGACGCUGCUGAUAAUUCUUUUGUACAAAGACUUGGUUCUCUAGGUUCCAAUCCACAUUUUGAGUCAAGAGGAAACAAAUUCUUAAUUAAACAUUAUGCAGGAGAUGUGCUUUAUUCCAUACCCCAAAUGACUGAUAAAAAUAAGGAUCAAUUGGUGAAGGAUUUGUUAGAGUUAAUAGCAACUACUAGUAAUGGAUUUUUAAAUCAACUUUUCCCUCAUCAAGUCAACCGAGAUAAUAAAAAACGACCUCCUACAGCUAGUGAUAAAAUUAAGUCAUCAGCAAACUCUUUGGUAAAUAAUCUCAUGCAAGCACAACCAUCUUACAUUCGAACCAUAAAACCUAAUCAAAAUAAAAGUCCAUCAGAGUACGACCAAAAAAUUGUGUUGCAUCAAAUUAAAUAUUUAGGUUUGAAUGAAAAUAUUAGAGUUAGGCGUGCUGGUUUUGCUUAUCGGCAAACAUUUGAAAAGUUUAUAGAAAGAUUUUAUUUAUUAUCAAAAAAAACGUCGUAUGCCGGAGAGUGUAUUUGGGAGGGUGAUUCAAAGUCUGGUUCCUCAUGUAUUUUGAAAGAAUGUGGUAUUGCCACUGAAGAAUGGCAAAUGGGUGUUACCAAAGUAUUUAUUCGUCAUCCUGAAACUAUUUGGGCAUUGGAGCAUCUUCGUGACAGAUAUUGGCAUAACAUGGCACUACGUAUACAACGUGCUUAUCGAAAUUAUGUUAGAUACAAGAUUGAAUGUGCUAUUCGUAUACAAAGAUGUUGGAGGAAGAAUAAAGAUCAAAUAGUUUAUGUACAAUUACGCGAUUCUGGUCAUGAGAUUUUGGCAGGACGUAAAGAGAGGCGAAGAUUUAGCUUGAUAAGUAUGAGAAAAUUUACAGGAGAUUAUUUAAAUGUUGGAGUUUCUGGUGGUAGUGAAGAUGCUAUCCGAAAUGCUUGUAAUCUUGGUGCAAAUGAAAAUGUAGCAUUUAGUAGUAAGAUUCAGUUACUUGUCUCGCGACUUGGUAGAUCUAGUAGACCAAGUCCCAGAUAUUUGGUUUUGACAGACAAAUCCAUAUACUUGUUAAUUUCACAGAUCGAAAGAAAACUUUUGACAAUUACGGUUGAACGAAAUAUAUCUCUGCUUGCCGUAACAAGAGUUAGUUUAUCAAAUCUUCGUGAUGAUUGGGUGGUGUUACACGUCAAUAAUCCAACCAAAGAAUUAGGAGAUCCUAUAUUUUCAUGUUAUUUUAAGACCGAAUUUCUUGUGCACUUGCGUCAACUUACUGGGUCAAGGAUUAACAUUGAUAUUACAAACUCCAUAGAAUACACGAAAAAAAUAAAUAAAACUGCUAAUAUCAAAUUUAUUAAAGAUGAAAAUGUCAAGAAAGACGAUAUUUAUAAGAGUCAUACUGUACACGUGUGUACGGGUGAGCCAGCAAAUAGCGUGUCGGAUCCUCCCUGUCCCAGAAAAGAAUCACCUUCGAAACCCAAAGCCACCACUCGUCCAAAAAAAAAUGUUACAAAACCAGCAACUAGAGGUGUUUCACAAAAAACUCCUAAAGUGGUUUCGACUUCAUCCAGAUCAACAACUUCUAGCGGUUCUAAUGAAUCAGUUUCACGAAGAUUAUCGAGUACAAGUCAAUCAUCAUCAAGAGGGAGUCGACCUGCACCGCCACCACCUCCUCCACAAUCGCCAUCAAAAGAACCUACAUACAAAGCGAAAUUCGAUUUUGUAACGGAAGAUACUGGCGAAUUAUCAUUUAAGAAAGAUGAUAUAUUAGAAAUUAUGCAAAAAGAUGAUAAUGGAUGGUGGUUAGCUAAGAAAGAUGGAGAAAAAGGUUGGGUACCAAGUAAUUAUUUAGAGGAGGUUAAGGUUACACCUAAAGCUGUACCAGUUCCGGCCAAGCGUAAGCCACCACCUGUUGCACCAACCCAACGGCAACAACGAUCAUCUUUGACUACAAGAAAGGAUGUAGAAAGUGAUAAAGAGCCACAAACUUCGACCAAUUCGGACGCUGGUACAAAAAAUAAAUAUAGGAAUAAUGCGUCAAACAAUUCACCAGUGGCAGUAUUUCCAGGAAUGGCUUCCGGGGGUGUUCCUUCAUGGAAAAAAACAAAUAAGGCUGCUGAAAACCACGAAGAAGCAGAAUCCGACCAACCAGUUACACCGGCAAGACCUACUGCAACCAACUAUUCGGGUCGUAAAGCAGUACCUUCAAUACAAUCCAAACCAAAUAUUCCAACAAAAAGUGUUUCAUCAAAACCAUCUUCUAGUGGAGAAAGACCAGUUCCUCCUCCCAGACCUGAGAGUAGUGGAACAAAACCUUCACAAUCUAAACUUACUCCUCAACAAUCUCUUGCUGAAGCGAUAUUGUGA